AUGGGCAGAGGCGUGUGACUAUAAAUAGAGUGGCUAAUGGCUUGGAAGCGGUGCAUAUUAGGAGUACAUGCUCGAUGUAAAAAAAUCCGACACAACUUCGAGACGAGACGCACCGUCUCAACUCUCAACUCUCAACCAGAUUCCUAAACUCUCUUCUUCUUAGUUGUACUAUCCCCCAAAAUCUCCUCUGGAGUCUGGUGCCCUCACCGCUGUCCUUCCUGUCCUUAUUUGCUCUGAGUUGCAUUCGCAGACGGUGAAGUGUAAUAAGCUGCAUUUCACAUUUUCAGCAUUGGUUUCCGUUCCUUCUUCUGAGUCCCUCAGACGGUUGAAUGCACUAAGCCGUUAUAAUUAAAGAGAAAAAAAAACUAAUAAUGCAAGCCCUACAUGCUCCCAAUCGACUUUCUCCUGCCAAUUACCGGUUUUCUCCGGUGAACCGCCGCUUGUGUCCGGUUGUUUCCUUCGAAUUCUCCCCUAGUCACAGCUUUAGCUCACGUCUCUCUCUUCGUCGCUCCCUUCCUUCACUCCAAUGUUGCUCUCUCCAGUCUUCAUCUCCAGUGACGGAUAAAAAAAGAUUUAUGGAAGCUUCCAGACAUGGAAAUGUCAUUCCGCUCUACCAAUGUAUUUUCUCGGAUCAUCUGACUCCCGUGCUUGCAUACCGCUGCUUAGUUAAAGAAGACGACCGGGAGGCUCCUAGCUUUCUUUUCGAGUCCGUAGAACCUGGUUUCCGAACUUCCCAUGUUGGUCGGUACAGCGUGGUCGGUGCUCAGCCAGCGGUGGAAAUCGUGGCAAAAGAAAAUGAUGUCACCAUCUUGGAUCACUACAGAGGGAAGUUGAAGGAGAUUGUUGUGGAGGACCCGAUGACGAUUCCUAGAGAAAUUUCUGAAAGUUGGAAGCCUCAGUUGAUUAGUGAACUUCCUGAUACAUUUUGUGGUGGAUGGGUUGGUUAUUUUUCUUAUGACACUGUUAGGUACCUUGAGAAGAAGAAGCUGCCAUUCUCUCAGGCGCCACGCGAUGAUAGGAGCCUUGCUGACAUUCAUCUGGGGCUGUAUGAUGAUGUGAUAGUAUUUGAUCAUGUAGAGAAGAAAGCAUAUGUUAUCCACUGGGUGCAGUUAGAUCAGUAUCCAUCAAAAGAGAAGGCUUACACUAGUGGUAUGAAACGCUUGGAAAGACUAAUGUCAAAAGUACAAAAUAUUGAUCCUCCAAGGCUAUCAGCAGGAUCUGUUGAAUUGUGGACUAACAAUUUUGGAUUCUCUCUGAACAAGAGUAACAUGACAAGAGAAGAGUACAAGAAGGCUGUCAUACAGGCAAAGGAGCAUAUCCUUGCUGGAGAUAUUUUUCAGAUUGUUUUAAGUCAGCGCUUUGAGAAGAGAACAUUUGCUGAUCCAUUUGAAGUCUACAGAGCACUGAGAGUAAUAAAUCCAAGUCCCUACAUGGCUUACUUGCAGGCUAGAGGAAGUAUUCAUGUUGCUUCAAGCCCAGAAAUUCUUACUCGUGUCAAGAAGAAAAGGGUUGUUAAUCGACCAUUGGCUGGAACUACAAGAAGAGGGAAGACACCUCAUGAAGAUGAGAUGCAGGAGCUGCAGCUUUUAAAAGAUAAAAAGCAAUGUGCAGAACAUAUAAUGCUGGUCGAUUUGGGCCGUAAUGAUGUGGGAAAGGUCUCGAAGCCAGGUUCUGUAAAUGUUGAAAAACUUAUGACUGUUGAGCGGUACUCCCAUGUGAUGCACAUAAGCUCCACGGUCACAGGGGAGUUGCUUGAUCAUCUUACUUGCUGGGAUGCACUGCGUGCUGCACUUCCUGUUGGUACAGUUAGUGGAGCACCAAAAUUAAACAGGCCUUCUGGAGUAAAUGGGCAGAGGCGUGUGACUAUAAAUAGAGUGGCUAAUGGCUUGGAAGCGGUGCAUAUUAGGAGUACGUGCUCGCUGACGCUGUAAAAGAAUUCGACACAACUUCGAGACGAGACGCACCGUCUCAACCCUCAACUCUCAACCAGAUUCCUAAACUCUCUUCCUCUUAUUUGUACUAUCCCCCAAAAUCUCCUCUGGAGUCUGGUGCACUCA